CCCAACGGCUAACCCAACGGCUCGCCCCCGCAUUUGCGCUAGGUGCUCUGACAGCGCCCGCAGGCCCAGGUGCGGGGUGAUGCCCGGGCCUCGGCGCCCCCAGUGGCCAUGGAAGACGCCCCUCUGCUGGGCAGCAUGUCCAGCCCCGAAGACGAGAUGGUGACAGACCUCUUCAGCGCCGAGAGUCAGUUUGUUCCCGAAAACCUUCCCCUGAAAACUCCGGUGGCGGUAAAGCACGAGGAAGACGAUUUUCACGUCUUCAAGGAUGCGUACCUGGGCCCAGCGGAUCCCAAAGAGCCGCUGCUGCACGCGUUCAACCCCGCGCUCGGCGGGGACUGCCAGAGCAAGGUCAAAGUGGAGCUGCUGGUGGAUGAGAACGAAGAUGAGGGACUCCUGGGGGAGUACUCGAACCUCCCCGAGCUCAACCCCCUGGAAGAGGCCGUUCUCCCUGCCGCCCCGCAGCCGCCGGCCUACAACGUCCACUUCCUGUCCUCCCUGCUCACCCCGCACAGGAGCUCUGCCGUCGUGCCCCUGGGCGCCUGGGCCAGGGACGGAGCCGCCCACCCGGGUGUACGCGUGAUUCCAGUUGAAAUCAAGGAAGCAGGUGGUUCUGUCACAAGCAACAAUCUGGAGGAAGCAACCUUUCAACAUCCUCUGGCCCAGGAGUCAAGUUGCAAGUUCCCAUCAUCUCAAGGAGCAGAGGAUGCCUCUGGUUGCUCUCAUAAGAAAGACUCUAACCCAAUGGUGAUAUGUCAGUUGAAAGGGGGUACACAAAUGCUGUGUAUAGACAACUCUGGCACAAGAGAACUAAAAGCACUUCAUCUGGUUCCUCAGUAUCAAGACCAAAAUAAUUAUCUACAGUCAGAUGUCCCUAAACCCAUGACUACUUUAGUAGGAAGAUUUUUGCCAGUACCAGCAAAAUUAAAUCUCAUUACACAACAACUUGACAGUGGAGCCUUACCAUCUGCAAUCAGCGGGCCUGCUUUCCCCUCAGGAUCAACUCUUCCAGGACCACCACCAAAAAUAACUUUGGCUGGGUACUGUGACUGCUUUGCUAGCGGGGACUUUUGCAACAACUGCAACUGUAAUAAUUGUUGCAACAAUUUACGUCAUGAAAUCGAACGGUUUAAGGCCAUUAAGGCAUGUCUUGAUAGAAAUCCAGAAGCUUUCCAACCAAAAAUUGGGAAAGGAAAACUGGGUGAUGUGAAGCCUCGACAUAACAAAGGGUGUAAUUGCAAGAGGUCGGGCUGCCUUAAGAACUACUGUGAGUGCUAUGAGGCCAAAAUUAUGUGUUCUUCUAUUUGCAAAUGCAUUGGUUGCAAAAAUUAUGAAGAAAGCCCAGAACGGAAAACACUAAUGAACAUGCCAAACUACAUGGAAACUGGAGGUUUUGAAGGCAGCCAUCAUUUGUCACCAACGAAAUUUUCAGGACUGCCAAAAUUCAGAAAAGAUAGGCGGUCGACCUCGUGCAUCUCCUGGGAGGUGGUGGAAGCCACGUGCGCCUGCCUGCUGGCCCAGGGCGAAGAGGCAGAGAAGGAGCACUGCUCCGAGUGCCUGGCGGAGCAAAUGAUCCUAGAGGAGUUCGGGAGAUGCUUGUCGCAGAUUCUCCAUAUUGAGUUUAAAUCCAAAGGGCUGAAAAUUGAGUAGAGUACAGCAUGGUGAAAUACACACACAUGUAGGUUUUAUAUUCUGAAGGAAAUCUCUAGUUUAGAAAGACUGUUUUAAGGAGCAUGAGGCUGGGUCUGUACCAAUAGCUUCAUCAUUAAGAACAAAUUUUCUCUCUGCAUCAGUACACUGAGGGGCUACUCAGAGUCUCUAAGGGAUUUGGCGACUAAAAUCCUCCCCCAAUUUUGAGGAAGUGCAUGACCCUACUGUUGUCUGGACCCAAGGAGACAGCAUGGGUUCCUGUAAUCCUGGGAGAAUGGUCUGCACUAACACUGAGUAAUGGAGGGUGGAAGCAGGCCCUGGAGAGAAAUACAAGUCCUUUCCUAUUGACUUUACCCUCUCCAGGGAAUUUUCUUCCUCAUUAUGAAAAGCCAUAAUGAUUUUUCCCCUAAAUUGUUUAGAAAUAAAUUCCCCAGAUAGGCUGCUAAGAUACAAUGUAAAAUCUGUAGAGAACUACUAAAUACCUUGGAGAAUUUCUGAGUGUAAGUAUUCCCUGGAGUCUCAAAAAUUACUAGUCUUCUCUAGGGUCACCAUGAAAUGCAGACAGUGGGGUUGGUUUGAUCAGUAGCAUUUUGAG